AUGAGCUACGUGCAGUAUAUCUGGAUACUUCUCUCCAUCCUCGUGUCAAUCACGUGCUCGUUCUGCUUCAUGCAGCCUGAAUGGAUUAUGCACGUGAACUACACGAACACAUUUGGGAUUUACACGUACUGCGUCAGCCAACGGGUCGGCAUGGACACUCGUGCCUGCGGAUUUUACGGAGGACGCUUCGGUUUCGGAAACAUCCCCUCCACCACAUGGCAGGCCGCGUGUUUACUAUACGGUGGUGGAUGUUUGCUCACGUGCUUCGGAGCAUUGUGUUCCCUCGCAACAAUGUGCGUGCGCACUCAACUUGAAAUGACGCUGGUAAUGAGUACGAGGUACCUGCAAACAUCCGCUGUUUUCCUUAUGGCGUCCGGCCUUUUUGUGUAUCAUAUGAGCUUUGAAUCAAACUACUUCCGGUUAUACUGUGGGACUAAAUCCGCAAUGUUUUAUGCUGAUACAUGCGCAGUCGGAUGGACAUAUGUGUUAGCCAUAGUAGGGUGCGCGAUUUCGAUAUUUUGUCCAAUAUUGUCUUUAUUCCUAGGGAUUGAGUAUGAUUCACAUUCGAAUGAAUGUAAAUUGUGA